AUGUCAAGCUAUGUCGCAGUUAAUAAUGAUGAGACUCAUUGUAAAUCACUAAAUUUAAAUGGAACUAUGAAUGAAAACAAAUUUGUGACAAAUGUUCACUUAGGACGUAUCACAUUCAGUCGACCGAUUGCAGAUUGGGAUUCACUAAUGUCUAAACAUACUAACUCAAGCAUUAAGAAAAGUCAUUGUUGUUUAAAAUCAUUCUCAUGUUGUAGUAAACAACAAUGGAAAUCAUAUUCGAUAUACUUUAUCAAGUCUAUAUUUCCAUGUAUUGAUAUUUUGACACAUUAUAAUUGGCGGUCAGAUUUUUUGAAAGAUAUCUCCGGUGGUUUGACAAUAGGCGUUAUGAAUAUCCCACAAGGUAUGGCAUAUUCAUUACUCGCUGGUUUACCACCUGUUUAUGGAUUGUAUAUUGGUUUUUUAAGUCCAUUGUUCUAUGCAAUUUUUGGACGUUGUACACAAUUUUCUAUGGGUACAUUCGCUGUUGUAAGCCUACUGAUUGUUGGCCCAAUUGAACAGCAUAGUUCAAAAGUUGCAGUUAAUCAUCAUAAUUCCAUCAUAAAUUCAAACUCUACACUAGUUGAAGAUAUAAUAACUAACAAGUUGCCACUACAAUAUUCAGAACCAAGAGCAAUUGUAGCCGUGACGCUUACUUUCCUAGUUGGAAUUAUACAACUAAUUAUUGGCUUUUGCCAAUUGGGUACAUUUACGUCAUAUUUAGCGCCAUCAAUGGUAUCUGGUUAUACAUCGGGCGCAGGUUUUCAUGUGUUAAGCAGUCAAAUCAGUUCAUUGUUCGGUGUAAAGUCUGCAAAGAAAUAUCAAGGACCUGGUUCAUUCUUUAUGGUCUAUGUGAAUUUGUUCAAAAAUAUACGUGAGACAAAUUUGUUCACACUACUUAUAUCUGCUGCAUCGAUUGCGUUCUUAAUGAUUAUUAAAUUUUGUGCUGAACCCCUGUUGAAACAAUAUAUAGAUUUGAAGAUUCCAAUACCUAGUGAAUUGAUUUUGGUUGCUUUAGGCACUAUAAUUUCUGGUACAUUAAAUUUACACUCUACUAAGAAUGUUUCAAUUGUAGGAUAUAUUGCGAGCGGAAUGCCACAGGUAACAGUACCCCAUUGGAGCAUAAUUCCAGAUUUACUUCCAGAUGCUAUUCUAAUUGGAUUUGUUAGUACGUUCCUGUCGGUUUCCUUAGUGAAAUUAUUCUCUUUAAAGUACAGAAAUAAAGUUAAUUUUAAUCAUGAAAUCUUAUCACUCGGUAUUAUAAAUACAUUCACAUCAUUUUUCUCUUGUUUCGUUCAAUCUGGUAGUCUUUCUCGUAGUAUGGUAUUAGCGGGAACAAAAACCAGAACACCGCUAUCAGGUAUAUUCAGUUCACUGUUGAUUGUAUUUGUACUGUUAUUUUUGGGCCCGUAUUUUGAAGCAACUCCAUCAUGUAUUUUAUCUGCUAUAAUUGUGGUAGCAUUGAAAAAUAUCUUGACACAACCGAAGAAACUACCAUAUCUAUGGAAUACUUAUAAACCAGAUUUUUUUCUAUUCACUGUAACAUUUUUGGGCACUAUCAUACUUGAUGUAACUUACGGUCUGUUAGUUGGUCUAAUCUCUUGUCUUAUUGUAUUAACGGAAAGACAGCGAAGCAUCAAACUACUGGAAUUGUGCAACAUCUCAGGCACAGAACUUUAUGUUCAUAAACAUUAUGAACUAUUAACCAAAACGCAAAUAGAUAAAACUCAAUCUGAUUAUCUAUUGUCAUCGAUCAAAGCAAUACGUGUUCUAGGUUCAUUAAACUUUUCAUCAGCUGAAAACUUCACAAAUCGCAUUUACAAGACAAUUAAUAAUAUGAUGUUAGAUGACGAUUUCAAUUAUGUUAAUAAUAAUGUAUUAAGUCAUCACAAUGGAAUUAAUGAUAAAAUACAAGAUGGAUAUCACAAUCAUUGCCAAUUAAAUGAAGCAUCUGUGAAUACAAAAGACAGUAAGAAUAAUAUUUAUGAACUUUCGAAAAUUUUAAAUGAGAGAAAUGGAACAAAAUCCGAUGAUAAUUACUUAUUGAGAAAUAGUAAUGUUGUCAGUAAAUCAAGUGAUAUACUCAGGACAGAAAGAUGUAAUUUGUCUCAUCAUCAAACUGAACCAAAUCUACCUUCAUUACAUGUUGACCUGCAUGACUUUCUAAUGAAGCAUGAUGGGGAAAAAUUACGACGAUUUCUUUUGUUGGACAUAUCUGGAAUUACUCACAUUGAUCCAGUUGGGGCUGCUGCACUCACUGAAAUACAACGAAAUUUGUAUAAAAACAAUCUUUUUGUGAUUCUGUGUGGAGAUCCAACUCCAUUCAAAUGUUUAUCUGCAUGUGACUGGUAUGUCUGUCCUGGAUUGAAAUCAAUCUAUCCUACAUUAUAUGAUGCUGGAGCUGUUUGUGUUAAGUUGCUUUGUCAAGAUGAAUCAAAUCCAAGGAGAAGCUCAGAAUCACGGGUAAAUGAUACAAAUAGCGAAUAA